AUGCACGGCUUCGACGCUUCUCCAUCGGCCAGGAUACUGCUUGCGGCGGCCGCAAGCAUUGCCAACCCCGCCAAGGCCACACUUGCCGCAACCCCAGCUGGGGCUGCCUCUCCCAGUCCCACCACAGCAGCAGCCGCCACUGCUGCGCAAUCUCAGAUCCAUCCGAUGCCUGGUGCCACGGCGGCGGCCUCUCGCCGCCAUGACGGGCCUCCCAAGUCAGCAGCCGCGUCGGCAGUCGCAUCGGCACCGCCGUUGGCGAUUCCCCCGCAGGCUCCGGUCCCCGCGUCGCCAGCCACACCAUCGGCCGCCUUGGCAUCGACCGGCGCCCCUGCCGCAGUCCCCAACGCAGGCACGGCCUUCACUGCUCCGGCCAAGGCCGCCACAUCUGUCCCCCCUGCUACUCCCAAGGCCCCCUCGGUCGCCGCAACUCCCUCUUCUCCGAUUGCCCCUGUGGCGGCCCCUGUCGCCGCUGUUCCCAAGGCUCCCGCUGGGUCUCAGCCCCUCGCUGUUCCUGCGGUUGCUCCUGCCGCUGCCGCUCCCGCCGGACCACCAACCCCUUCGCCGGGUGUGCCUCUCGGCGACUUCCUCAAGCGAUCGGGACAGCCAUCUUCCCCGGUGGCUGUCAACUCGCGGGCUCCGAUUUCCGCCGUUUUGUAUGCCCACUCGCCGCCCACCGGCCCCUCAGCCACACCCACUGCCAGCACAGCGGCCGCGCCUUCCGUAGCCCCCUCUGUCAGUAUGCCGGUGGCUGCUCGCGGUUCGAUCCUUCCCCCUUCUCCAAGCGUGUCGGCUCCGACACCUGGCAGUGGCGAUUCGACGACCAAUCCGCCGGCUGGCCGUGCCUCGUCGCCGAGCCCCCGGCCAGCUUCUGCACCAGUGCGACCCUCGAUCCCCAGCCCGGAUGAUGUCAACUCGCAGCCGGUCAUCAUCGACAUUGAGGAGCUGGAUUCGGUCAACCAAGGGUCCCUGUCUGCUGGCCUCCGGGCGGAUGUCCUCCCGAAAGCACCCUCUGGCUUUGCGGUCCUUCCGUCCAGGGACAUGCCGAUUUCACAGGCAGACAUCAUCCUCUCGGCCAGCCCGGGCUCCGGCUGUCCGCGGUCCGAAGUUGGCACCUCCAAGGUCCUCUCAUCGAUGCGCGCGUCCAUCUCGGCGGCCGAGAUGCUUUCGGAAUCGGCGCACAGGGACUUUUAUCCAGCUGGCCCGAGGGCGACCUCAUCAGCGGGGGAGGUGUCCAGCACGGGCAGCAGCCCUCGCCGGACCAUCGGCGAGUCUCCCACUCGCACGAAUCGUCUCUUUGCCUCCCUCAACCGGAGUCCCUAUUCACCCUCAUCAUCGCCCUCGCGCAUGGGCACUCCCUCUUCACAGCGUACUGCAUCCCCCUCGAAGUUCGCGGGCCUUGACCCCGGAGCCGGGCUGUCCCCCUCGUCCGGUAGGUCGCUCGAUGGCAUGCUAUUCCCGGUGUCCGACUACACGGCGCCGCCGAGCCCCAGCGCCCCGUCCGCCGUUCGCAGCAUCCACUCAUCCAACCUGAUUGCCAUGUUGUCUGAAUCAGCCAAGGACACUCCACUGGUCCCCUUCCCCACGCCCUUCACUUCACAGCUUCCCACGCGCAAGUCCCAGCCGAUAGUCAAAUUCAAUGAGACAAUUUUCUUCUGCGACAACACGGUCGGCCCGUUGUCUGACCGAGUGUCUCGGCUGAGGCGCGACCGCUCCCGGGCCGCGGCUCCUGUUUUGUCCUCGGACGAAGCGUCAUCCUCCCCGGCGAGGCCCAAGCGUCCCCCGUUCCCGAAGACACAGCCUCCCUCGAAGCGGUCUAAGAUCGAGCAGCCUGCGGCCAUGGGAUCCAGCCCCUCCGGUGAUCCCUCCGAACAGGACCAAGCCGAGGCGGAGCUCCAUCGUCUCAACCGGGAGCUCGAGAGCGCCAUGCAGGAUGAGACCGAGGCUGCCACGAGCUUCUCGAAGAUGGCCUCCAUGUCGCACCGGCUCAUCGAAAACAUGUCCCUCUUGUCGUUGAAUCUCCUGACAUCCCUCUUCCCCAGCCGACGGUGA